AUGUCUAACAUAAUACUCUAUUCUAAUACAUUGAAGUGUGAAUAUAUUUUGAUGAAAUUGAAGCAUGAAAAGGAGGGGAAAAGGCAGAGGCUGAAACUGAAACACGGGGUGAGAUGGUGGUCCACACUUGGCUUAAAGUCAAAAGUGACAUAUAAAGAACUUUAUGGGGCUUCAGGGCCAGAAAACGAGGGAAAGGAUGUUGUAGGCUUUUCUCGGUUGUAUGUAUAUGAUGCUGCACCGUUCGAGAACUCGCCCAUUCCCUUAGCUGCUGAGAGAACACGAAGAAAAGACCCUCUUAAUAGCUUCAAUAAGUACAUAUAUGGAUGGAAUAUCGGUGACAACCAUUAUUGGGCUUCUGUGGCAUAUACUGCAGUUCCUGUGUUCAGUAUUGCAGCAGUUUGGUUCUUGGGCUUUGGCUUGUGCUUAUUGACCAUUGGUGUUUGUUACUUCUGUCGUAAAAGAGAGCCUUAUGGUUAUUCACCAACAUGCUAUGCUCUUUCCCUUAUUCUCCUGAUAUUAUUCUCAUUUACAGCAAUGUACACAUCUCUCUCUUCUUAUGUUUUGAUUGAUUCAGGUUUUGUUCGAUCUGUAUUACAAAUUGUACUUUUCUAUGAUAACAGGAUUGGAUGUGCCGUGCUCUACAUUGGCCAAGGAAGUUUCCAUCAUAGCAUGUCGUCCACAUUGCAGUAUGUGGUGCAUCAAGCUGAUUCCACUGUGGAUAAGCUUAAAAACGUGUCAGAUUAUCUUGCUCAGGCUAAGCAGGUUGGAAUCGAUCGAAUUUUUCUCCCCACAAAUGUUCAAACUGAUAUUGAUGGGGCAGAAACAGAUAUCAAUAACUCUGCUGGCACCCUUGCUGAUAAGACAAAGGAGAACGUAGACAACAUACAAGAUCUCUUAGAUUCUGCGUAA